AUGACAAACGAGCCCGCCGCCCAGACGAUCCAGGACCCAGAUGAUGAAGACUACGAUUCUGCCGAAGAUGAAGAUUUCCAAGUAGGCGCGGCGCAAGAUGACUCCGAGCUAUCCUCCGACGACAACGAGGCCGCAGAACCAGCCAAAAAGAAGCGCAAAAUACAAGCGCAAACAACUGCCCCGGAAGACCCAGAGCUAGAUUCGGGAGAUGAAGCCACAAUUCGAAAAGCGAAAGAGAAGAAAGACAAGAAACGCAAAGGAAAGAAGUCCAAGGGCAAACGAGCUCGCGACAGCGAUGACGAUGACGACAUUGAUAUGGACGAUGAGGGGGGAACGGGGGGAUUUGUACGGACACGUGCGAUGAAGAAGCACAUACGCGAAGAGGAAGCAGAGCGCAAACCGCUAGCCAAAAUCGACGGCGCGACCGUGGACGUUGAUGCACUAUGGGCGCAAAUGAACGCGCCACAAUCCCGAAACGACCAACAGACACCGCAACCUCAAGCCGAGACCGCACCGGAACCCGAAACUACACAGACAGAAGCACAGGACCAACGGUCCGCGGAGGCGGGCGAUAAACCUGGCGGCGCGCAUGAGGAUGAAAUGAUCAAGAUCAAGCGCACCUACAAAUUUGCUGGAGAGUGGAUCACGGAAGAAAAGGUGGUGUCCAAGCACUCCGCAGAGGCUAAGGUGUUCCUUGCCAGCGGGGAGCACGUUGAAUACACCAACGAGGAAGCUGCAGCCGCGAGUGCCGCUCUCAAUCUCAGUCGACCGCUUCGCAAGAUCUCACGAUUCGACCCGAAUCCGACCGGUACGAUUAAGAAAAGUUGGGAGAAGCAGCUUGUUCCCGAGGAGAAGGAUGCGCAGGGUCCCAAGAUCAACACGGUGGAGAAGUCAAGACUCGAUUGGGCUUCGUACGUCGAUAAAGCCGGUAUCAAGGACGAGCUCCGCACGCACAGCAAGGCUAAGGAGGGCUACAUGGGUCGUAUGGACUUCUUGGGUCGCAUGGAGGACAAGAGAGAAGACGAAAGGCGGGAAGCACGGCUCAAGGGCAUGUGA